AAUUCCGUGGAUAGUUGGCUGACAUAGAGCGUUGUGCGUUUAAUUGAAACUUGUCUAAAUUUGUGAAACUGGAACAUGGCGGAAGCCGGCGAAAGCAAGUCACCGGCAAUUAAACCCGACCCAGAAAGUACCUCUCCGCCACAACCAGAACCACAAACACCAUCGCAGCCACCUCAAACGGAAGUUUUGCCAGCAAAGCAAUUGGAAUCCUCCCCAAACGAGCAGCCUGAUUUCGUCUAUAUUCCCACCUAUUCUCGUUGGUUUUCAUGGAAUACCAUUCAUGAAUGUGAGGUUCGUUUUCUUCCUGAAUUCUUCGACGGAAGAUCACCUUCUAAGAACCCUAAGACUUACAAAUACUAUAGGAAUACCAUUAUUCGUAGAUUUAGAGAUAACCCCACUAAAAAACUCACCUUUACUGAGGCUCGCAAGACUAUUGUUGGAGACGUCGGUUCAAUUCGUAGGGUUUUCGAUUUCUUGGACACAUGGGGUUUGAUUAAUUACACUGCUAACUCUUCCAAGUCUCUCAAGUGGGAAGAAAAAGAGUCAAAGUCAACAUCUGCUUCAGCUCAGCAAAACAGUGAAGCUAAUGGAACUUCCACUGAUCUUACUCUUCCUAAAAAAAGACUGUGCAAUGCCUGUAAGACAGUUUGCAGCAUUGCCUGUUUCGCUUCUGAUAAGCAUGAUUUGACUCUUUGUGCAAGAUGCUAUGUUCGUAAUAAUUACAGAGUCGGCCUCAAUUCUUCAGAUUUUCGGCGAGUUGAGAUUAGUGAAGAAGUUAAGACAGAUUGGACUGACAAAGAGACUUUGCACCUUUUAGAAGCUCUUAUGCAUUAUGGUGAUGAUUGGAAGAAGGUUGCUGAGCAUGUUGGUGGUAGAAGCCCGAAGGAAUGUGUGGCUCGAUUUGUGAAGCUUCCUUUUGGUGAGCAGUUUAUGGGCCCUCCUGAAUCUGCAGAAGUGGAUGGUGAACUCGGGUCUGAAACUAUGUAUCUUCCAUCCAAGAGAAUGCGCCUCACACCCCUUGCUGAUGCAAGCAACCCAAUUAUGGCUCAGGCUGCUUUCCUCUCUGCUCUUGCAGGAAAAGAGGUUGCAGAAUUGGCAGCACAUGCCGCUGUUACAGCUCUGUCUGAGAUUGGUGAGGGAAUAACUAAAGGGAGGCUAGGAUCACUACCCUCUGGUGUGGAGAAGCAAGAAUCGGAUGGCACUUCCAAUGGGUAUGCGAAGGAUACCCUUGAAAGUGCUCUUGUUGAAGCAAAGGCUCAGCUGGAGAAGGAGGAACUUGACCUGGAGAGAGGCGUCUCUAAUGGGGCAAUUGAGGCCAAGGAGAUUGAGGACAGAAUUGCUCGUUUUGAGGAACGUGAUUUACAGAUGGAAAAAGAGUGGCAACAGCUGAUGCAGCUUAAGAACCUGAUCUUCACUGAUCAACUUACUUUGCUGCUAAACAAAGCUGGUGCUCCAACAGCUGGAGAAACCAUUGGGGAGGAACCGAUAAGUGUUAAGGCAGAAUGCCAAAUCCCCUUGGUAUAACAUGGUCUUUUAGUUGGUCACCAAUCUAGUGGGACUUAGUUAUUUGUCAAAUAUUAGGUAGUAGCAAAUUCAGAUGAAUCAUAUAGCAUUAUUUGGCUGCUAAUCCUUGGCUUUCCCCCCUAUAUUUCCUGACUUACAUGUUGUAUUCCCCUCUGACAGAACUUGUAAUUGGCAUUUUUUGUUCUGCUUUUUUUAGUAGUGGAAACUGGUAACGCAAUACCAUUGUAGAGGAUAUUGUUUUUACACUUGUUA